AUGAGAAACUAUAAUAUUAUUGCAUUACAUGCAUUGUUGGUGUUAUCCUCCAUUGAUAGGUUCAACUCAGCAACAAAGAAUGUAGACACAAAGUGCAAAGAGAGGGAGAGACACGCACUCCUCACUUUCAAACAAGGUGUUCAAGAUGACUAUGGCGUGCUUUCAACAUGGAAGGAUGAUCCUAAUGAAGAUUGCUCAAGUUACGACACCUUUGAUCUCUCAGUUGGUGGUUAUGAUGGGAAGAUUCCUGCUCAACUUGGGAAUCUCUCACGAUUGCGACACCUUGAUUUUAGCUACAAUGAACUCAUUGGAGAAAUCCCUUUCCAACUCGGAAAUCUUUCAUUAUUGCAGUCUCUUAUACUCUGUUACAAUUCUAAUCUUAGAAUCAACAACCAAAUUCAAGGAAAUGUUGAGUGGCUGUCAAAUCUCUCUUUUCUGAGAAUUCUUGACUUGAGUGGAAUUCAAAAUCUCAAGGAUUCUUCUCAUGACACCUUUCAAUUCAUAAUGAAGCUUCCAAGCCUUGAAGGGUUGCAUCUACACAAUUGUAGCCUUUCUGACGCCAAUAUUCUUCCUUUAUCUGAUUCUCAUUUGAACUUUUCCUCUAGUUAUUUUAUUCUACUUGAUCUAUCUUUGAAUCAGUUGACGUCAUCAUCAAUGAUAUUCAAUUGGGUGCUUAACUACAACUCCAAUCUUCAACACCUUGAGCUUUAUGGUAACUUGUUAAGAGAUACCAUUCCUGAUGAUUUUGGAAACAUAAUGCAUUCGCUUGUAAGUCUUGAUCUCUCAUACAACAAUCUAGAAGGAAAGAUCCCAAAAUCAAUUGGGAAUAUUUGCACCUUGCAGACAUUUGUUGCUUCUGGUAACCGAUUGUGCGGAGAUUUAGAUUUCAUCACUUCUAGUAACUAUUUCCACUGUAUUGGAAAUUUAUCAUCGUUACAGGAACUAUUAUUAUGGAAUAAUGAGAUUUCUUACGGAAUUACAGAUGUUGGGCCUGAGAAGAAACUCUCUUGA